CCUGAAGUAAUUUCAAGAAAGGUUAUAUUACAAAGAAAUUAAAAGAAAAUUUCAAAUUAAAUAAUUAAAAUGAAAAUAAAUUAGAUUUGCAUUAAUUGUUAGUGAUUUAUUUUAAUAAUGGCUAAUCGAACAGUAAAAGAUGCGAAAUCAAUUCGAGGAACAAAUCCCCAAUAUUUAGUGGAAAAAAUUAUAAGAUCAAGAAUAUAUGAUUCUAAAUAUUGGAAAGAAGAAUGUUUUGCUCUUACGGCUGAAUUAUUAGUUGACAAAGCGAUGGAAUUAAGAUACAUUGGUGGAAUUUAUGGUGGCAAUACAAAACCAACACCUUUUCUUUGUUUAAUUUUAAAAAUGCUACAAAUACAACCGGAGAAAGAUAUUAUUGUGGAAUUUAUAAAAAAUGAAGAAUUCAAAUAUGUUCGUGCAUUGGGAGCGCUUUAUAUGCGUUUAACGGGCACAUCAUUGGAUUGUUAUAAAUAUUUGGAACCAUUGUUUAACGAUAAUCGAAAAUUGAGACGACAAAAUAAAGAUGGUGUUUUUGAACUUGUUCAUAUGGAUGAACUUAUUGAUGAAUUAUUAAGAGACGAAAGAUGUUGCGAUGUUAUUUUACCAAGAGUACAAAGGAGACAUGUUUUAGAAGAGAAUAAUGAAUUAGAAGCAAAAGUUUCGGCACUUGAAGACGAUAUGGAUGAAGCAAUUGAAUCGUCAUCAUCUGAAGAAGAAGAAGAUUUACCAACAUUGAGAGUUGAUAAUCGUAAGAGAAAUGACGAUUACGAUCGUGAACGUGAUCGUAAUAAAGAUAGAGAUAAAAGAUAUUCAAGAACGGAGAAAAGAUCCGAUAGAGAGAGACAAAGAUCGAGAAGUAAAGAGAGAGAUAGAGACAGACGUCAGAGGAAAAGAAGUCGUUCGCCAAAAUUACAAAAUACAAUGAUUAAAGAAAAAGAAAGAGACAAGGAUCGUCAUCGAAGAGAACGAGAAAAUGAUCGAGGAGGACGAAGAAGAGAUCGCGAUAGACCAAGGCAUUAAAAUUUUAAUUUUUGAUUUAUUAUUAUAAAAAAUAUCAUAAAAUAUUUUCAUUGUAAAAAAUUAAAAUUUUUCUUUUCAACAAA